UGGUGGGUUGAGAGACCUCUCUACAGCUCUCGAGCAGCAACAUACCAAUCAUACCCGCAACACACAAUCGCCAUGGAGGUUCUUCUAGGAAUUACAGGAAAGGACUUUACCCUCAUCGGCGCUUCUAAAGCGGCCAUGAGAGGAGCCACUAUCCUCAAGGCAUCCGACGACAAGACAAGAGUGCUGAACAAGCACACUUUACUGGCCUUCUCUGGGGAAGCUGGUGAUACAGUACAAUUCGCCGAAUACAUCCAACGAAAUGCCCAACUCUACUCGAUGCGCAACGAGACCGAGCUGUCACCCUCUGGUCUAGCACACUUCGUCCGAGGCGAACUCGCCACAAGCCUCCGAUCUCGAAACCCAUACAACGUAAACCUAUUGAUGGGAGGCGUUGAUCCCAUCACCGGAAAGCCCUCCCUGUACUGGCUAGACUACCUAGCGGCGCUGGCGGAGGUACCUUAUGCAGCACACGGCUAUGCGCAAUACUACUGCUUGUCUCUCCUGGAUAAGCACCACCACCCAGAUAUCACACUAGGACAAGGAAUCAAGCUCAUGACGAUGUGCAUAGACGAGCUGAAGCGCCGGUUACCGAUUGAUUUCAAGGGUAUGACAGUCAAAGCCAUCAAGGCUGAUGGAAUUGUCGAUAUAGAGUUUGAUGAUGACCGCAUUGUGAAAAGCGCAUAAGGCAAGAGCGGGUUGCUAGAGAAGGGAAUGGUGUGUAUGGCUAGACUGACUUGAGCUUGGUAAUUAAUAUACAGCCGCCGCUUCUUUCCGGUGCAUUUUUCAGCAUGUCUCGAUGUGCGGCUAUUCAGUGCGUUAGCAAAUUUCAUGUGAGGGAGGCUACGGAGCCGAGGGGAGGGAGAUCAAUAUGUUUACCAGAGGGCUUUCGACUUAUGGAUGCCGGCUUAUAGAUAUGCCGUAAUGAUGCUGCUGUUACCAAGAUUGAGUAUGCUUACCGAUUAUGGCAAUUUGGCGGUCUCGUUCUCUGGUUAAAAGUUUAUACCCACGCCCGAGCACUUACAUGGAUCACACUGCCCUGCGGCCAGCAGCAGCGUACAUCAACGGCCAGGUAUAUCUACCCAUGUUUCUACGGCAUAUGUUUAUGGCUUCUGUAUGAUGAAAUCAUCGGCCUGGGGUCUGCUUUUUGUGUAGUG